AUGGAAGAGGCAUACCACCGCGCGAAGGGUGAGGAGGAGCACAUCCUCCCCUUGCCUGGCGGAAGACAGCUGGCCUAUGCACACAAUGGACCAUCAGUGUCACGCAAUAUUGUGAUCUUUUUCGCCGGCAUGAUGAGCGUAGGCACUGCUCCAGAUGUACCAAUACCAUGCCGCGAGCUUGGUAUGCAUUGGAUCGCACCCACGUUAGCAGGCAUGGGCCGGUCCAGCACUCGCGACAUGAGUGUGCCAUAUCAUAUUGGUCUGGCAAGAGAUAUUUCGGCUCUUCUGGAGCAUCUCUAUCCCAGUGGGGCAUUUGAUAGAAUUUAUGUCGCUGGUGGCUCAUUGGGGACUGUUCAAGCACAAAUGCUCUAUGGAGCGCCGUACGACAUAUUUCCCGCCGGCCGCAAAAUAGUGGGAUGCAUGCUGCUUGCUGGUUUCUCCCCAGUCAAACACGAUUCAAAGUAUGCCAAGGAGUUGUCAUGGCAGAACUGGUUCUCCUUUGGUCCACCUUCUCAGCUCCCGUUCCGGCCUCUGCAAAGAAUCUUUAGGUCUGUGAUAUCAUCCAAGUUCAGAAGACAGGAAGGGGCAGAAGAUUUCCUUCGACAGACGAUAGUGAGCCAGAUGGACGAGGACGAAAGGGUCAAAUUAGGAGAAUGGUUACAGAAGAACGAUAGGACGGAGGAUGAGUGGAUGGAGACUGCUACGAAGAUGGUCAUGAGGUCUUGUGAGAAUUGGGACGGAUUUAUGGAAAUUUCCGAUGUGAUCCAUUCGGAUUGGGGAUUUGCGCCAGCCACUCUAGACGAUGAACAUGCGUCCAAGCCCAUACUGGUCGUAGGAUCACAGAAUGAUCAUAUUGGUGGAAGCAACAAUGGAUGGCUUGUGGAAAAUUACAAAUCUGCGAAGCUGAAGGUCAUUCCAGGAGGGCACAUCUCGAGCGUCUACUACAUGGAUGAAAUCUGGCGAGAAAUGAUAGACUUGGAUGCAUCGAUUGAAGUACCUAUGUCUCGAUCUCAAGUGUUGUAA